AUGGAGAGCAAACGCUGCUUCGCCAACCGCUUCGAUGACUACCAGGGCAGCCUGCUAGCUGGGCAGUGCAAGGAGGCGGUGGCGCCCUUGGUCACGGCCACCAUCGACCGCAUCCUGAAGGAGCUACCUCAGCUGGGGGGCCGAGGGGAAUCUAAGGGGGCGGCAGCCCGAGAGAGCUGCUGCCAAGGGGGUCUGUACAGCGGGGUGGCCGGAGUGGCCUACAUGCUGUACCACGUCUCCCAGUGCCCUCUUUUCGCCCCGUCCCGGGAGAGCUAUCUGCGUUCGGCCAAGAGGCUCAUCGACGCCUGCACCCGCGCCGAGGAGUGGGGAGAGCCGGACGCGGACACCCGGGCUGCCUUCUUGCUUGGGGGCGCCGGGGUCUACGCCGUAGCAGCUUUAGUUUACCACGCCCUGGGCCGGCCUGACUAUGUGCAGCCGCUGGGCAAGUUCCAAGAGCUGUGUGCCAUCUGCGCCCCGGUCUCCUUCCUGGAGUGCGGUUCCGACGAGCUGUUCGUUGGCCGAGCCGGCUACCUGUGCGCUGCCCUGGUGCUCAAGCAGAAACUCUCCUUGGAG